AUGUCGCGCCGCGCAGCUUUCGGCGGCCGCCUCACGGGCGGUGACGACUCGACCUCGUCCCCCUCGUCGACCACCUCGACCACGGCCAACCCGGGUCAACCUCGCGCCAGCCAGGGCCAGCGCGGUCAGCAGAACCGCCGCAACAACGAGGGCAACGCGGCCGCCAAGGGCAAGAACCGCCCGCCCCACCUCCAGCUCCAGCAGCAGCACUCGACCCAGGGCAACGACUCGGCCGCCGUCGACCGCAACACGAACAACUCGGAGCGCGUGCUCGAGGUCAACGCCUACGCGCGCGCCAUGGCCAAAGCCGCAGACGAGGCCGGCGAGACGACCGACGACGACGCCAUCUGCUUCAUCUGCGCCGAGCCCGUCGUCUACUGGUCCGUGUCGGCGUGCGACCACCGCACGUGCCACACGUGCUCGAUCCGCCUCCGCGCCCUGUACAAGAAGAAGGAGUGCACUUUCUGCAAGACCGACUGCCCGACCGUCAUCUUUACCGAGAGCGAGGACCAGCUGUUCAAGGACUACACGACCGAGAGCACCCCCUUCAGCGACACCAAGCUCGGCAUCCUGUUCGAGUCGCGCGCCCAGCUCGAGGACACGCUGUCGCUCUUGCGGUUCAACUGCCCGUACAAGCCCGGCCUGUCGGACCCGAACUCGGCCGCACCCGACGCCGAGGACCAGGCGUGCGACCACAUCCUGUCGGGCUGGUCCGACCUCAAGCGCCACGUGCGCGCGACGCACCACACGACCCUGUGCGACCUGUGCUGCAGCAACAAGAAGAUCUUUGCGCACGAGCACGAGCUGUUUGCGCUCGCCAACCCGGGCCAGGACCGGCACAACGGCGGCGGCGGGCGCGGCGGCAGGCGCGAGACGGAGCUCGACCAGCACCUCGAGAAGCAGCACGCCAUGUGCGGCUUCUGCAAGCGGUGGUUCUACGACUCGGACGGCCUGUACAAGCACUGUCGCGAGCAGCACGAGGAGUGCUUCAUCUGCGUCCGCCAGGGCGUCCGCCACCAGUACCACCUCAACUAUGACCGCCUCGAGCAACACUACAAGAACGACCACUUCCUGUGCCCGCACCCGGACUGCCUCGCGCAAAAGUUCGUCGUGUUCGAGUCGGAGCUCGACCUGCAGGCGCACGCCCUCGAGGUGCACGGCAUCGGCUCGGUCCAGGACCAAAAGUCGCGCAAGGAGGCUCGCCGCAUCGAGACCAACUUUGUCUACUCGAACGGCGAGUCGCACACGCGCAGCGGCGGCGCCGGCGGCGACGGCCGACGACGCGGCGGCAACCAGGGCGGCCGCGCUCCCGCCGCCAGCUUCGUCGAGGCUCGCGGCGGCUCGGGUGAGUCGUCGGCCGUGGCCACGCCGUCGGGCGAGCGCCGCAUCCCGGGCCUCGGCGCGCCCGCCGCCGGCGGCAGCCGCGCAGCUCGGUUCGGCGGCCAGCUCACGGGCGACCCGUCGCCGACCUCGAGCGGCGCGACGACGCCCCUCGGCGCCGGCGACAGCGCCGCAGCUCGCGACGUCGCGACGCUCGAGCGACAUGCGGCGCUCCUGCGCCGGGUCCAGGACCUGACGCACGGCCACGAGGGCAAGAUCGCCGGGUUCAAGAUUGCCGCGCGCAGCUUCCGCAACGGCGAGCUCAACGCCCACGACUUUGUCGACCAGUUGUACAACGUCCUCGACCAGCGCACCGACGACGCCGAGACGGUCAUCCUCGGGUUCGCCGACUUGCUCGACCAGCCGGACAAGAAACGGGCCGUCCAGAUCGCCUGGCGCGACCUGCGCAGCGAGAACAACUUCCCCUCGCUCGCGCCCCUCGCCCCGACCCUCCACGGCCAGCCGACCGCCGUCCACGCGACGUCCCACCGCGCCCUCUCGGCCCAGCACCGCACCGGCCACAACCCGUCGACGACCUGGGACCGCGUCGAGCGCGCCGCGACCUCGUCGGGCCCGGCGCCCGUCGCACCUCGCUCGAACCCGUUCCCGGCCCUCAUGAGCGCGUCCAACACCAAGUCGAUCCCGGGCCUGGCCAAGGCCGGUCAGCAGACGGCGCGUCGCGCCGUCGGCGGCUCGACGCCCUGGUCGUCGUCGUCGGCGUCGGCCGCAGGCGCCACGGCGAGCCUCGCCGGCCCGAGCGCCUUCCCCUCGCUCGGCGGCGGCGGUGCCACCUCCCCGGGCGCCUUCCCUUCCCUCGGGGGCGCCUCCUCCUCGGGGGCGCCUGCUUCUCGCGCCUCGAGCGCGAGCGUCACGCCGCGCUCGAUCUCGCGCCCGGCGUCGACGAGCGGCGGCACCGCCCGUCGCCCGGCCUCGGGCCUCGACUUCCCUUCCUUGCCGACGUCGUCCUCGGCGUCCGACAGCCGGGCGCGCAUGCGCGCUGCGCUCGCCAAGCCGCAAGCGCGCGCUGCGCAGACGAUCCUGACGGCCGACGACGACUCGUGGGGCGCGGUGAGCGGCAGCAGCGGGAGCGCGGCGGACGGCGCGGCGGGCAACGGCGGCGGUAAGAAGAAGGGCAAGGGGCGGCAGAAGGUCGUGCUCAUGAGCGGCGGGCUCGCGAGCCAGCCGAACUGAGGAGGGUCGAGCGGGGAGUGAGAGAAGAGGGGGCUCAGAGCUGUCGGCGGGCUCGGCGUCGUAGACCUCGUGCCCAGCUGCAGCAAAGAAGACGUGGUACCCUCGA